AUGUCUAGUACCAAAAUAGAUCUCAAGUUCAGUGACUUGGCUGACGAAAGACUGUAUUUCAAGAAAUACGCACAACUUCCACCAAAGGAAAGCACCACAAUUAGAUUUAUUGACCACAACAACCAUGACUAUUUUACUGCCCUUGGAUCUGAUGCCGAUUUGAUUGCUGAGAAAAUCUACAGAACACAAUCUGUGAUUAAACACCACAACCAGACAAAGUAUGUGACCAUUUCACCCCAAAACUUUAAGGAGCUGUUGAAUUAUUGUUUGCAAAAUCAUCUUAAAGUAGAAGUUUAUCAUAGCAAAACCUUCCAGUUGAUCUCGUCUGGUACCGCAGGAAACUUGGAUAGUCUUUCCGAAGAAUUCGACAUUGAUUUUGAUUUCAAGGAUGGCUCGAGCUCAUCCAUAGCUGCAAUCAAGCUUGGAAGUAAAGUAGGUGUUUGUGUGAUUGCCGAUUCCAUCGUGCACUUGUCUGAAUUCGAGGACAACGAGUUGUACUCAAACUUAGAAAGUUUGUUGAUCCAAUUAGGCGUCAAGGAAGUUGUUAUCCCAGCAAAUGUCGACAACAAGAAGUUUUUCCAAAUGUUGGAGAAAAUAAACGAUUUGGUGGUUAGUGCAGCAAAGUCGUUCCCCAAAGACAACGAACAGGAUAUAAGUAAAUUGUUGGAUACUGAGAAUUUAGAAUUAACGUUAGCUGCAAAAGGCAUAAACUCACUUGACUAUUCAUCGGCUUUGUCAUGUUGCGGCGCUUUAAUCGCCUACUUGGAUUUAUUGAACGGCGACAAAACUUUUGAAAUUAACAAAUACAAUUUAUCGACUUUUAUGAAAUUGGACUCAUCCACCAUGAAAGCGUUGAACAUUUUGCCAAAUGGGACACAGCGGGCCAUCACAUCUAUUUUUGAGUUGUUCAAAUGCAAAACUUUGGCUGGCUCCAGAUUGUUAGCACAGUGGUUGAAACAACCGUUGAUUGACUUGCCAUUGAUCGAGGAGCGUCAAGAAUUGGUAAAGUCGAUGAUCGAUGACACUAGUUUGAGAGUUGAGACUCAGGAGUUCUUGUCAAAGGUACCAGAUAUCAAUCGAUUACUUAAAAAAGUGAGUCUUGGUGUUAAACGAUCCGGCGCUGAAAACAAAAAAUUGAAUGAAGUGGUCAAUUUGUACCAGUUGGUACUGUUGCUCCCCAACUUGACAGAAAUCUUAACUGUCGACUAUUACGCGAAGCCACUUAAAAAGGAUGAACAAGCUUUAUCCAAGUUUUGUGAGUUGGUCGAAACCACCAUCGACCUUGAUACACUGUUUGAUAAGGAUUACAAAAUAAAGCCAGAUUUUGAUCCAUCUUUGUCGGAAAUUUCCAACACCAUGGAAGCAGCAUUCAAGGCUAUAAACGAUCUUUACUUGGAAGCUGGCGAUGAUUUGAAUCUUGACACCGCGAGCAACAAAUUAAAGUUAGAGCAACAUCAAACCCAUGGGUGGUGCAUGAGAGUAACUAGAAAUGAUUCAAGGGUUUUAAGAGGUAAAUCCCAAUACAAGGAACUUCAAACAGUAAAGUCGGGUGUUUUCUUUACAACCAUCGAGAUGAAGAGACUUUCGCAAGAGUACGCCAAGGCCUACGACGAGUACAAUGUCAAGCAAUCCGAAGUUAUCAAAGAGAUCUUGUCUCUCACCUUAACAUAUGAACCAGUUCUCCAAUCACUUUCUUCAACUUUGGCCCACUUGGAUGUCAUUACUAGUUUUGCCACCACUGCUAUGCUCAAUUCAUACACACAACCCAAAUUGUUCCCCUUUGAGUCUGCUCGUAAGAUAAAUUUGAUAGAGUCGAGACACCCCCUUCUCGAAGUUCAGGAUGAUGUAAACUUUAUUUCCAACGACGUGAAAAUGGGUGACAAGCACUUUGCCAUAAUCACAGGGCCAAACAUGGGAGGUAAAUCUACAUAUAUUAGACAAAUCGGUACCAUUGCCUUGAUGGCACAAGUUGGGUCAUUUGUACCUGCCAACGAGGGGGCAGAACUACCAAUUUUCGAUGCUAUAUUAUCACGUGUGGGUGCCGGUGACUCACAAUUGAAAGGUUUAUCCACAUUUAUGAUUGAAAUGUUGGAGACUUCGUCGAUCUUAGCCACUGCCACUGCUAACUCAUUGAUUAUAAUUGACGAGUUGGGUCGAGGAACGUCCACUUACGACGGAUUCGGCUUGGCAUGGGCAAUAUCUGAAGAGUUGAUCAAAAGAAAAUGUUUUGCAGUUUUCGCAACCCAUUUCCAUGAACUAAGCCAGUUAUCAGAAAAGUACGAUGGCGUUGAAAAUUUGAAUUUAAUGGCUGAACAGACAAAUGAAGACAUCACAUUGAUUUAUAAGGUCGGACCGGGUAUUUCAAAUACUUCGUUUGGUAUUUCUGUGGCCGAGAAGUUACAUAUGCCAGAGAAGAUUAUCAACAUGGCUAAAAGAAAAGUUGAGGAGUUAAGUGAAGAGCCACCAAUUAAAAAGCAAUGCUCUGAAAUUGAAAUCAGAGAAGGGAUGAGCAGAUUACGAGAAAUCCUAAAAGAAUGGAGAAACAAUCCGGAAAUUAACAUAGCAGAGUCCUUAUCUAAGGAGCCCAACAAGUUUAUAAAUUAUAUAGUUGACACUUUAUAG